GCCAUGAGAAAAAACCAUGGCACUGAUAAUACUCAGGCCCUCCAAAACCGUGGUUUAGCCGAGAGUAUUAUCACAAAUCCACAAAUAUCCGCCUUGUAUGGGCGCAUUGCUGUCAAGCUCGCUCAUAUGAGGAAGCCCUCUUCAUAUGAGAAGAAGUACAAUUCAAGUAAAGCUACUAAUGAAAAGGCUGAUUCAGAUGAAGAGGGAUCUUCUGUCAAUGACGACACAUCAAGGGCACCAUUGAAACGUCACUCUAAUGUAAGUAAUCUUUCAAUAUUUGCACCCUACUCUUUUCUUACUAAUGUGUAAAUAUAUAUGGUAGCACCUAUUUCCAACUGAAAUCUAAUGUAUGGCACACAAACUCUUCUUUACCUCACUAAUUUCACAUUAACCUGGAUCAGAAAGCCAAUAGAAUUUGCUUCGUAUUAGCCU